AUGGGUAAAGCAAUGGACUGUGAUGAUGUUAAUACCGAAUGCAAAUGUGACCAACCAUCUGUCUCCGCAUCUCCAACUCUAACACCUACAUCUCCACUUGAUCUAACUAUGCAUAGCAAACGAUUUCCAUUUACACAACGAUCGACAUCACCUGUUGAUUUGUCAAUAAAACGCUCCGUUGUCUAUGAAAGACAAACCCCUAUCGAAAACGAAGAUAACUUUCCCAUGAUUAUCACACAGCCAAAGUCUGAAUGGCAUUAUCGAAGCGCCAAAGAUCUAGCAAAACAACAUCUCCCAUUCUUAGCUGGAAACGGUCCUCAACGAACGCCAAUUCGUGUUUCUGUUCCUCCAGCAUCUCACAGACAAUUAUAUUUGGCUUUAACUAUAGUAACAACGAAAAAUCAACUUCAUCCUUCUAAAGUGAUAGUGCCAGCUAGAACAACAGCGAAUAUACAACUUCUCACGCAUGAUAAUAACCUCGAUUGUUUGAGUUUUGAUGAAAAUUCUACGGAUUAUUUCGACAAAAACACUCGAUGUAUUUAUUCGAAAAUCAGUGCUGAUGAACAUCGAAAUCGAUCAAAAGACAUCCGUGUUCAUAUGUUCAACUUAUACCAAAAUCAAAUAUUAACAAAAGAAUUGAUUGAAGUCGAGCAACUUCAUCUAUGUAAAUUGUGUUUUUGGUUUUGUAUUCAAGAAAAUGGACGAUAUAUACCUAUUUCUCAACCCUCAUAUUCAAUAACUAUCGAAGAGAAGAAAAUGUCGUCUCGACCUUCCCGAUCUGCUCAAACAACAAGACCAUUGCGAAUACCGUCACCAUAUGCACAAUUCGAUAUAUCUUAUCAAGGUGACAGUAGCAUGGAUGUGGAUAGCAAUGAAGAUGUUAGCCAGUAA